GACGUCCGGCCCUGUUAAAAAUAAAAAGAAGAAGAAAAACGACAUGUAUUGACAUUUUUUGUGAAAAUUUAGUGAAAAAAAAAUAUGGCUCUUUUUCGUGGUGCAAAAUUAGUUUGCAAUUUAGCCCGGGCUCAUCCGGCAAGUCUCAUUGUUCCUGUGCGAAAUCAUUGGAACAAGGACUUCAAGCCAGGAAAGUAUCCCACCACCGAGGAAGAGCGUCUUGCUGCUGCCAAGAAGUACAACUUGCACCCGGACGAUUAUCAGCCAUACCCGGAUGAUGGAGAGGGCUACGGUGACUACCCGAAGCUUCCGGAUGUGCCAGUGGAGAUGAAGGAUCCUCACUAUCCGUAUGACUUUCCUGAGCUCAAGAGGAAUUUCAAUGAGCCUGUGCACAUUGACUACACACUGUGGAGUGAGGAUCGAUUUGGGUACUCUGAAAAGCCACGUUUCACCCUUAAAUACCAACUUUUCGUCUUUACCGGCAUCAUGGCGAGCUGCUUUGCCGUCUACUACCUCCUGGAGGACUACAAGGGCUUCCUGCCGGUAGUCCCGAAGCAAUAUCCAGGUGAAGGAAAAGUCCACUACACAUUUGAGUCGAAAUAGUCAAUGAAACAGAUUCAUGUGUAUAGGAAAGAAGCUUCUGUUAAUAAAUAUAAUCUUUAAUUUUUAAAAUCCAUAAAA